CACCACGGUCAACACAUCAACACGGUCCGUCAACGCGAAUGGAUUUGCCAUUUGUCCACAAUCCAUUGUUUUGAUUAAUAUAUAAAUAAAAUUAGAUCACUAACGUCAAGGUUGAAUUUUAAUGUGCUUUGUUUUUAAUUUGUUAAAUGGGGUUCACGUUUACCAAGCUGUGAAAAUGCUAUUGUUAUAACAUCGGUCAGGUUUAUCGGUUUAGUUUUCCACUUGUGAUUGCAGGGCCUAAUUGUAAAAUUGAAGCAAAAAUUUGAAAAAACCUACUUCGAAUUGUGAUGUUUGAUCAAGACGGCAAAAUGUUCUCGGUGCUUAAAUUUUCACAAGUGUUAAAUGAAAAAAAAAAACACCAGAUAAAUACAACAUUUAAAUCGCAUAUGAUGGUGUGAUUCAACUAAACAGAGUGUUGUAAAAAGUGAUAAGUAAGGCUUGAUUACAACCAUGCAAUAGAACACGACACGGUUUACACAGCGCAGUACGUGUAAUGUUAUUUGGCAUUGUUAACCAGGAGGUAUAUUAACUAAACCUCAAAUGUUAAUAACAUGGUCUGCUUUACAAGUUAUUGCCUAAGAUAUAGGUAUUCUAUGAAUGUUUGUUUUAUACCUCUCUUGGUGCCUGUGUGCAUACUCGUGUUUGAUCCAGGUGUGGGAAAGCUUCUAUGAUCUGUUCAGACAAUUUCUGUUUUUGUUGCACUGAUGGGUAUCUAAUAGAGAAUAAAUGAAACAAUAAUUACAACAUGAAUAAACAUCAGAUUACUUGUAUUUUUUAUUUGCCGUUGUCAUGACUGACAAUGGGUCAAGGGCAAAAAAAUUACUAAUCGUCUCAGCAAAUUUUGUGACAAUUGAUGAACUUUUAAUGAUUUGAUAGGCAAUAAUAAAUAUGUCUACGUCAAUGCUACAAGUGGUUCCGAUUUGUAUUGUUCCGUCCUUGACCCAUUGCCAGCCCUGACGAUGAUAUACUCUUAGUGAUAAUAUAAACAAACGGUUAAAUGAUUUAAAUACAUACCUUUUUUCUUGUAAGAUUUGUUUUUCAAAAAAGUAUUUUGUAAGAAUCCGAUUCAUAUGAAGCAAGUCCUUAGUAUUUGGAACGAUUUUGUAAUCGAGUUGACGAGUAAGUGUUUUAUGAAAUUUUGGUUCAUUGGCAAGGAUGGAGCGAAUAGUCUACAAAUGAAAAAUAACGAUAAUUAGUGACCGCUAUAACUAAGCUCUGUUACAUUUACGUCUCGUACCUCAUGUUCUUGAUGGAAAUUGGAUUUAGUGUUCUCAUUCGCAAAAUAUUCUUCAUCAUUCUGCUCAAUGAAUCUCAAUUACACAUUCGCCAGAUCAAUUGCCGCCAUCGUCAAAUCAAUUUCGUCGCUCCCUCCGGCGGUCGUAAAUCACCGUGCGUCUCCUCCGUUAUCAUUAGUGCAACCUGUGCGAAAGCGUGCACUUGGUUGCUCACCUCAUCAUCAUCACCACCACCCUUGACGGUUAAGCAGAAGGAGCAAACCGAAGAGAGCGGGAGAGAGAGAGAGACGGUGAGUUUCGGUCACUCACACCCAGCUAUCCGGAUUCAUUCGGUGAGUGCAUAUGUGGCCAAUAAAAGCAUGCGCACCGUCACUCACCCGCAACAGGAGGAGUCGACAGCCGUCGACUGCUGAGGAGGAUACCACGGAGCGUAAUCGCGCUGAUUAGUUUCGAAUGAACGUCGAGCGCGUUUGGACGCGAAGUGUGCGCCCACGAUAACAAAACGGCUAGAGUGUUCAAGCGUUGGUGGUGCGUUGGGACGGCCCGGAAUCGAAGCAGGGGGGACGCGUGCUGCAAGCUACCACAUACUUUUGCAAGCGGAGAAGCUAAUUUUUUUUUUCGUGUUUCGUCCUGCUUUACCGGGCGCGUGCUGACGACGAUGAUCGUUGGUUUGUUUGGCUGCCGCCGUUGCUGCUGCUGAUGCUGCCGCUGCUGUGAGUGAAAAGUUUCAUAACAGAAAAGAGUUACUUACACUUACACACCGUGAUACCCCCUGGAAAGUGAGUGUGUUUGUGUGUAUGUUCACCCCCGGUUACGUGAGCCAACGAACGAGGUCCCGCAAGAUUCGAGCAGUUUCCCUGGAAAGGUAGAAAAGUGUUACUUUGCAAUUACUUUAAGUGCAACACACAGCUAAAGUGAGGUGAAACCGUCGCGUCGUAUCAUGACAAGAGGAUACCUAAUUAAAUUCGCGCAAGUCUAGAGCAUGUCGUUCCCAUGAUUUGAUACAGCAUUCGGCUAAAAAUAGCAACACCAGAAGCAACAAGGAUAACGGAAUGGUGCGAUGGUUUUCUAUUGUGGUCGCAAGCAAUGUUGAGGAAGGCUGACAGUGAAGUGAAUAACGCAAAUAUAGUCAGUGCUUGAAGAAAGAAAGAAAAAAAAAAAACAAACAAAAUCGUUCGGAACCAUGGGUUGUGAACUGACAAAGUUAGCCGGUGGAGCGGGCGGUGGCAAUUCCAAGGGGAAUGCACUUCCCAGCUUGGAUGCGUGUGGACCGCCGCCAACCGACAGCCGAUUACCGCUCACUGCCAAGCAGAAGUACACCAUGGUGGCCUCCUGGAAGGGCAUCAGCCGGGCGAUGGAACCCACAGGGGUAAACAUGUUUAUCAAAUUAUUCGAGGAGCAUUCGGAGCUGUUGAAUCUUUUCACCAAGUUUAAGGAGCUCCGAACGAAGGAGGAACAGGCGACGUCCGAGGAGCUACAGGAACACGCCAACAAGGUGAUGACCACACUGGAUGAAGGCAUCCGCGGCCUGGACGAUGUAGACACGUUCCUGGAUUUCCUGCACCAGGUGGGGGCAUCCCAUCGGAGGAUUCCCGGCUUCAAGCAGGAGUACUUUUGGAGAAUAGAGGAGCCGUUCCUGUCCGCGGUGGAAACCACCCUGGGUGACCGAUACACGCAGAAUGUCGAAGGAAUUUACAAGAUAACCAUCAAGUUCAUAAUCGAAACGCUGAUCGCUGGGUUUGAAACAAGUGCCAACAAUAACGAGAACGUCAACAAUGCGAAUCUAUCCACGUCCUCCUCGGCGGCGGGAUCGAGGGCGGCUCCAACGACAAAUAGCGACAGCAGCAAAAAGACCUCUUGAACAUCGUAAAAUCAAACGCAGUCGCAGUCGCAGAUGCACAGUGCAUGUGCAGUAAGGUAGACUAUAGAAGAGAGAAGAAGAAGUAAAUCAACCGUUGCCGAGAGUGAGUUUGAGCUUGUGUGUGUGAGUGCGUGAGCAGCGUAUGUUACGAUACCUGGUGCUAUUGCGGAAACUAGAGCGAAUGCAAGUUGUCAAACCGUGCACAACUCGACCGGAAAUUCUGACGACCAGAAAGGGGAAGAGAAUCUUUCAACUUCAACAAACAACUUGGAACAGCAACAAAAACAACAACAACAGCCCCACCUCCGAACUCUCUUGAACAUGUUGCCACAAUAGCACUCAUUUUUUUAGUAUAUUCUCAAAAUAAGCAGAAAUGUGCAGGACACGCGAAAAAAAACUUUUUGUAUGCAUUUAAAACAUUUAUAAUCGGUGAGCAACAAAAACAACAGCAACAACAAAACGGAAACCAGCAACUCAGUAAUACAGUGCACAAAUAAUAAAUAAAAGAAAAAGAAUACAACUACAUUUACUCACCUGGUCGGCUAACGAGGGCAAAUAGGCGAGCCGACGAGGGCAACUAACCAACCAACAAAGCAACCCAUGCAGUAUCAUCCAUAUAUCUAGGAAGCCGUGAAACUACUGACAGCAACUAGCCUACUACGCCCGAAGAGGAGUCGAUCAGCAGUAGCGGUGACUGAUACUAAAAGAUAAGGAAGGAAGCGAAAGCAUUAGGGAAAAUUGAGGGAAGGCGGGUGUAACGAUAUAGCACUAUAUGUGCAGUACACCUUCAUACAGGCGGAACGGUCAUUCGAUAUCAUUCCACACGGCACAGUAAGCUCACCCGGGUCAGCCCGGAACUGUGGGUGAACUUUAGCGCGGAGUUUCCAGAGUGGACGGGGAGACACAAUGGGAGGGGUGGUACUUUUACACAGACACACAGAUGCAUCACAGUGAAGAGCAUAAAAAGCGUUUUUAUUGAACAAACAGCAGUGGUGUGGGUACGGCGGAAGAGUAGGUGGGUGACAUGUUUGUUUCCUGACCAGGCAGCUCGGAAAGCCGGGCAGUGAAAAGUGAAACAGGUCAGCUAUGCCCAAGUCCACAGCCCCAAACGGAAACCCCCUGAAGUGGAAACGGGCGACUAGUGAGGGCAGCGAAUAUUUGACGACCGGCUCUCAGUCACCGAGCAGUAAGUAAAGCUACACUCUGUACACUGCACAGUGGUACGUAAGCUCAAAAACGUGAACCUAAUUCAUUUGCUCUCCAAAUAAUGGUUUUAUUGACAUACUAUCUUCCGAAGAUAUUUAGUAUAUAAAAAGGCUCAAAUCAUGACAAAAAGUUUUAGUUCGAAACUCAACCGCUAGUGGCGCUGCACAAUCUAACUUUUUAGUCUUACACUUUAGAGAAAUAGUGUCUUCAGCAAAGUUAUAGAUAAAGUUCUAACAAAAAACUUUGUCGAAGACACUUUUCUUCUAACUCUUUUUGUUUUGGAUAUAUAACAUUUCUUAUUAGACUUGUCUUUAAAAUUAGUUUUUUUCGAAUAUACAAAAAACUGUAACAUUUAGAAGGUUAUAAUGUUCUACAUAUAUUUGUAUAUCAUUAAAACACACAACUUUGUAGAAGAUACAAAUAGAUAGCUUCCACACAAACCGAGUUAUUGCCAAAAAAUGUUAAAAGAGCAUCAUUUUUUGUACACACCUAGAGCACAAAAUAGCAAAAACUAGCAGACGAAACCUGCAAAGAAUGAAAUAUUAUCAUAAUCACUCUACGAAAUCACUUUGAACGUUUGUCCCUCCCAGUAUCUUCAUUGCCUAAGUUUUGUUUAAAAAACAGCCUUACUCAACUUUUUCGAUGACAAUACAAGUCAAAACGUUGGCCAGAUUACUGAUCACUGCAUACCUUUUCCGAAUUAAAAAUAUUGUAUCAUCUGUUGCAUUGUUCUAAUUAAAUUAUAUUUUCAUGUAUUAAUUUAGCUAAAAUAAAUGUAUAAAAAAUAUAAAGUUGAAAAAUCAUCCCCAUCAGAAUUAGCAUUAUCCUCCUAAUUAUUAUCUAGCCUGUAUUUUUCAUCACCGAAGAUCUCAUUAGGUGGCUUGUCUCGCAAACUGCUCAUAACUAGAUCUAUUGAUCCCAGAAAACGGUGUAGUAAAUCAACAUUUACGGCUGUUCUAGAAAACUUUUUGAUGUGGUCUAAUCUGUAUCUAUGAAGGUAAUAAUUAUGUUGCGUUUUCAAAUAUUGCAGCAAGCUCGUCAUACCUCUUUAUGACUUUGUUCCGGCUUUCUUGUGCCUUCUCGGACUAAGAAAUGCCUACUAGAUUUACAGUACUAAAAAAAAAAGAUCGAUACAGUAAGAUCGAUUCUUUGCGUGAAUUUGUCCAAUGCUAUUACUAGUUAAAGUUUAUGACAUAUUCGCCCUGCAAUUGCACUAUGAAUUGUCUUUUUGAAUUUCAUAUCAAGCAAUGAAGAUACUAAAAGGGACAAACGAUCAAAGUGAUUUUGUAGAGUGAUUAUGAUAAUAUUUCAUUCUAUGCAGGUUUCGUCUGCUAGUUUUUGCAUUUUUGUGUUCUUGGUGUGUACAAAAAAUGAUGCUUUUUUAACAUUUUUUGGCAAUAACUCGAUUUGUGUGGAAGCUAUCUAUUUUGUAUCUUAUACAAAGUUGUGUGUUUCAAUGAUAUACAAAUAUAUGUAGAACAUUAUAACCUUCUAAAUGUUACAGUUUUUUGUAUAUUCCAAAAAAACUAAUUUUAAAGACAAGUCUAAUAAGAAAUAUUAUAUAUCCAAAACAAGAAGAGUUAGAAGAAAAGUGUCUUCGACAAAGUUUUUUGUUAGAACUUUAUCUAUAACUUUGCUGAAGACACUAUUUCUCUAAAGUGUAAGACUAAAAAGUUAGAUUGUGCAGCGCCACUAGCGGUUGAGUUUCGAACUAAAACUUUUUGUCAUGAUUUGAGCCUUUUUACAUACUAAAUAUCUUCGGAAGAUAGUAUGUCAAUAAAACCGUUGUUUGAAGAGCAAAUGAAUUAAGUUCACGUUUUUGAGCUCUCGCACCACUGUGCACUGCUGCUGCUGCACCCGCCAACCGUUUGUUUCGGCAACUGGUGGGGUAUUAGGUUGAGAGGGGUUUGUAGUAACGAGUGGGGUUAUCCUGCGGGUAAUUCUAACUAUCGCUAGCCGAACGUUUGACACAGGCAUAAUUAAGCACGAGUUUAGUGGCUUGCUGUAAGAAUUCGCAUUAAACGCCGCAGGGCUGCGUUCUGGUAUUACCAGAUUUGGUGCGAUUUCACGCUAAUUCACUUAACCGCUCACAGCAUUCUGACGACUUUUCAUGUUUUUGAGAUCUUCACGUUUAUCGAUAAGUGAUGCUCCAUUGUUUCGGUAUACAGAUUGCAUCUGGAGUUCAAGUGAGCAAAGCAACUUGAAUUACCGCCUCAAAAAAUUUCACAGAAAUCCGAGAGAGCGGCCAUAGACGAGCUGACGUGAAAUCUCUCUAGAAGGAUUGAAUUUCGAGCGUUUUACUCCGGGAAUGCAUUGUGAUAAUUUUCUACACAAUUAACAUCAAACGAGCCGCGUUGCCAAAUAGUUUGCCAUUAAGUUCAACUAGAAACAAAAUGUACGCCCAUUCCAAACAAGCACUCCCAGUUUUUUUUUGCGAUGCUUAAUGGCGGGAACCCAUCCGGUCAUAAUUACUCCACAAAGUCAGUAUAUCACAAACAACGGUAGGAAAAAAACGAUCAAUCUAUUAUAUUUGGCAAAGCUCUGCUGAUUGGCACAUAAUGUGCACUAUAAUUGCGCCGAGUCCCUAUUCCUUCCAGCUGAAUAAACACAACAAACUAACCGCACCUCGAAUUGGGACGCAACGUGACCAUUUUCUUAAUUACAGUUGUGUUAAUAUUAUUUUUUGUGUCGCAAAGCGAACACAAAACAAAUACAAAAACUUGCAGCAAACCGCCUGCUAUGAUCAAAGCUUUUCGCGAGCGACCGCCAACUAACGACACUAUUAAGGCGGCGGCGCCUUACACGAGCACUGUUUAUUGUUUAGUAGCCACAGGAUUCCCGCCCACUGGCGGUUCGUUUGGUGUGCUAUAUAAACUGGCCUUCGGACGAACGGACGCCCGAUGGCUCACCCUGCAAGAUGGCCACAAACGGCGCUGUGUAGGAUGUUACUGAUUAUAAUAUGACCGCUGUCUUUUAGUGUUGUGCUCUUGCGUGCGCGGUUUUUACUACAAUCGUUACCAUACUGGCCAUCACGCUUAUUAAUCGUAAACUUUGCUUGUUAGGAAACAGCAAUGAUUGUAUCAGGAAAUACUAUUCAGAAGUUUAACAUCAAUACCAGAGGAUGAGAUGAGGUUGCGAUUCUCAACGAAUGUGCAAGCCACUAGAGUACAGAAUGGUUUAAAAAGAUAUUACUCACUUUCAGUUCCAGGAAAAGCUAGCUUUUAUUCCGGAACAACUCCACCAAACUUUUUCUCGUUUUCUUACAAUAAAACAAAUAAAUUCGCGAGCUUACACUUUGGGUGACGAAAAAAUUACCUAGAACUGUCAGAUUAUGUCCAUAUUAUGAAAACGUGGCAAUGUUGUACUGUUUUCACUGGUUGCUGUGUUUUUUCACGUGUGUGGAUGCUUGCAUGAAAAAGUCAACCCAAGGGAUCAAAAUGUGAUUCACAUACCUACUUUGGCUUUGUUUCGCCGAAGGUUCCUAAGCUCGACGACUAUUUAGAUAUUUACCGACUUUUUUACCAACGAAAAAUACAUACUCAACGUCUGUUAACUACCUACACUAGGCUGGCACUGCUUCUUUUAACCCAGGAUCUAAUUUUCUUAUUGUGUUCAGGACGAUCAAAAUGCCAAUAAUCAACUUUCUGGCUAAGUUAUUUUUUUUUAAGUUUUUAAAUUAAGACAUUUACGAGCUGUGUUAUACGACUUGUGGUUGGGUAGAGCAAUAAAUAUUAUCUUCAAAUGUUCACAAAAGUCUGCUGCUUUUACAGCCACAUCAGAAGAUUUCUUGAUGUAUUCUCUGAAAUUGUGAGUAGAGAAGAACUUAUUUUCGAUUGCGCUGACCAGAAUGCAUAAAAAAAGGACUACACUCCGGCCGGGAAGCACUGCUUGUAAACAUAACGAUAAUGUUCCGUUUACUAUCCGCAUGUUCAUCUUCAUAUACGUCACGCGAUACACACCGCACAAUAACUUCUCGGCUUUGAGGAUAAAGGUAAAAAAAAGUUUUAUCGCCAUUAACACGCAGUUCGGGUUGGCCAUAACAUACUUUAUUCCUUCGCCGUCCAUCCACGUGGAAACUUGCUUGAACCCCUCAGUAACUCGAGCACUUACUGUUGACACCGAUUCAUACGGUACGAACAGGUUGUCUCACGUAAAAAGCAUUAAAAACAAGGGUUUUAACUGUUUUACACGGGUUAAUAUUAACCUGGACGAUUAUUUCUAAAUGGAAUGUGAUGAGGGUACGCAAAUAGAAAUUCUACUUUCAAAAACAAAGAAAGGCGCCGCACAGGUAAACCUUAUGUGCUAUGUGAUUAACUUAGUUUCUGUAAUUAUGAUCAAACAAGCAUUACAGUAAGCAUUAUAGUUGGCUCUAAUCCUGUUGAAUAAUGUUAAAUUGACGAUGUUAAACUCGUUAUAAUUAAUUAUACUCUACUACAAUUAUCACAAGGGAGACAAAAACUGGUGCUUUUGUCCUACACCUCUACCUGAUUCCAGAUAAUCAGAAAAAUCUUAUUAUACAGACAUAAAUUUUCAUAACGAAUUAUCUACAUAUGUAUGAAAAAAAAAAACAAGAAAACCCUCCCUCUCCCUUGUUGAAAGCCAUUAGCGCUGGUGAAAAUGCUGAUUUCUUUUCCAAACGAGAACGAGAAAGAACUGAAACUUUUUGAUUCUUGAAUAAAUUUCAAGUUUAGGUUUUUCGACACCGUAUCUCGGCUUCAAUCCCGCAACUACUAUCGUCAGCAAGUAUUGUUCUUGAUGGAUUCUAUUUUAUUAUUACCUUUGCAGAAGGGAUUAGAUUACUGCGUCCUUUGAAUUGAACAUUCCUAGUAUAACCCAAAUUACUGUACCUGUAUCAUGCAGGAUGAAUAAUUAAUCGAGUGAUUAUUAGUUGCCGUGAUGUUAAAAAUUAACAUGAUAAAGCCUUAACAAAUGCAUUAGCAUUUUCUCGAAGCUCAGAAAAAGCAGAGAACUUUUGAAAAUUCGAAAACAAAAAGUUUAGCAAUUUUUGUACUUUGACAUCAUCGUUCUCCAGUUAACAACAAUGACAAGUUUGCCCCUCGGUAUUUUCGACAUCAAUUCUGACUCUUAUUUUGAGUGAAGCAAACAGAUCAUUGCAUGUUUUGCUUAAGUAAGAACAUCACCGCCGCAGGAUUCUACUCGUGUAACAGAAUUGUUAGAUACAACUAAAAACGAUGUUCUCUGAUCUUACAUUGACUGUUGAAUUAGGCCACAAGGUAUGCUGCUUGCAAGUCAACAGCGCAAUAACAUUCUCAAAUAGGAGAACAAGGAGUAAGUGAGCCAUUCAUGGACACAUGCACGGUAACGAGGUCUCAACAGCUUUUUAGUUCAGUAAAAUUUAUUCAAGACCGUUGUCUGUUAGUUAAAGGAUCGCACCAAAAUCCUAAAGAGUCUUGCUUACACUCUCUGGAUUGCCUUCAAAUAUUGGGAUAACCCAAGCAGCAAAAUUUGUUUCGAUAAUAAGCUUUCAUCACAGCAACAAAUUCUUAUCCGAAACUAAGUUGCAUUCACAUCUCAGUUUCUUACACAAUGACAAAAAAAGCGCAGGAGGUGGAGCCAAUUGCAACAUUUUCGUUGUUUCAACACAAGUUUCAAGAAUGAAACCGCAAUGUGUAUGAACUUAUGCAUGUAACUUGAUAGCAACAUGGUAAAUGCUGCAUGGUAAAAUUUCAGCUACGAAGAUGCAUCGUAGCAGCAACCCCGUGUCAAAUAAAUGUUGUUCGAACAAAAAAAAAUCGUAGCAGCAACUAGGGCGCAAUAGAAACUACAUGACGUUGUGGUAAGAUUGUCAAAUGGCAAAUGGUCAGGAUGAAAAAAAAAUUGUCUGUAUAGCGAUUUAUCUUUGAUUAUUUCCAGAAAUUUGAUGAGGAUUCAACUCCAGUUAUCAAUUUCUAUUAAAUUUUCUCGUUUUUACUAUUUACGUCAUUUGCUGUUGAAACAAUUGCAAGUUUAUGGCUCAGUUUCAAAUGUUGCUUUCCUUAUCAUGCCAAUGGUCAUUAUCAGUUUUGAAUUUUGCUUUUUCGAUACAUGCUAAUGAAAUUCAAAGUAAUUUAUCUCAUUUCGUUUUAGAGACCCACACUUUUUGGACGACUUCUAGUCCAAGUACCUGAAAAUUACAACACAGUAAAUAACCUUAUCUCAAAAACCAAUAUGAGGCGAACGAUCGAGCAAAAGCUGCUGUUACAUGGCUUCAGAACAAAAGUUUUAGAAGUAUUUUUGUGUGUUUGUUUUUUUGUAUCUCGCAAGCAUCACGUUGGCAACCUAUAUGCUCCACCCACUAGAUCUAUUCAGUGAAGGUUAGAUUUUCAAAUGCCGUUUACACGUUUCAACAACAAAUCCAGCCACGCGAAUGACGUUGUUUGUGUAAAGUUUUUUGAAGCAGCGAUGCAACUUUAGUUGUUGCUUGUUUUUUUACAAUUUCAUCGUAGUAACAAAAAAUGUUUCUUAAAACCUGGGAUUUUCAUUAUUGCAAUAAAUGAUCACAAUUUAUUUUUCAUUAUGUUUCAACUGUUGCUUGGGAAGUUCUACAGAUUCGGCAUUUUAAAUCCGCAAUUUUCGAAGCCUGCUUCCUUCUAAAUGACGCUCUCAAAAUGUCCUGGUCUGUCAUCGGAGAACAUGUGAUUAGGUGUCGUAUACAAAUUACGUAACGCUUGAAGGAGUGAAGAUGGGUUAAGAUUUCGUUACUUAUUGUUACAUAUGGGAUAACGCAACUGAUUUCAAUUUGCCCAAUUUGCGAACAAACAUCACGAAAAAUGCGCUUUUCAUUUGGCAAUUUAUAAAAAAUAAAUUUUAUUCUAUUUGCAUCCAGACCAGUGUUGCGAAAUGUCGACACAGAAAAAUGAAAAUGAUACAAUAGUUGUUUCACUCUCACUCUCUUCAAACUGAUAUUGAGUGUCACCCGUGUCAAUUAUCAGUCAAUAAUCAUGUCAGUGAUAUAAAAGAUAUAUCUUAAUUAAUAUCGAAAUUAUUUGAUCUGAGCCAAUCCAUUGUUUGAAUUCAAUGAAGCAGAUAGGCACCUUCAUCCUACACCACAUAAACAUCGCUAGAGCAACAUACUUACCACUUACCAGUCAGCUCCAGGCCGAAGUGUCCCUUGUUGUUCGAAGAAGUCGUCUCCAUUCAACUCGGUCCAUGGCUGCAGCUCGCCAGCCAUGUCGUCUGCGGAGGCCCCGCAGGUCGUCUUCCACUUGAUCGAGCCACCUUGCUCGCUACGCGCCCCGUCGCCUUGUUCCAGUCGGGUUGUUAUCAAGAACCAUUUUCACCGGGUUGUCGUCCGACAUCCUAACGACAUGCCCAGCCCACCGUAGUCUCCCGAUUUUCGCCGUUUGAACGAUGAGUGGUUCUCCCAGCAGCUGAUGCAACUCGUGGUUCAUCCGCCUCCGCCAUGAUCCAUCUUCCAUCUGCACUCCACCACAGAUGGUACGCAACACCUUUUGUUCGAAAACCCCAAGGACGCGUUGGUCCUCCACGAGCAUUGUCCAGGUUUCGUGGCCGUAGAGGACUACCGGUCUGAUCAGUGUUUUGUAGAUGGUUAACUUCGUGCGGCGGCGGAUUUUAUUCGAGCGGAGUGUCCUCCGGAGUCCAAAAUAGGCACGAUUUCCUGCCAUAAGGCGUCGACGAAUUUCUCUGCUGGUGUCGUUGUCAGCAGUCACCAGUGAGCCCAGGUACACGAACUCGUCUACCACCUCGAUUUCAUCACCGCUAAUAUGAAUUCGUGGCGGGAGCUUGACACUGUCUUCUCUGGAACCUCUUCCUCUCAUGUACUUGGUCUUCGAUGCGUUUAUGGCCAGCCCAAUUCGCCCGGCUUCAGCCUUCAGUCUGAUGUACGUCUCCGUCAUCUUUUCAAGGGUUCGUGCUACAAUAUCAAUGUCAUCGGCGAAGCCAAAGAGCUGAACAGACCUUCUAAAAAUCGUGUCACUCGUGUCGAUCCCAGCCCUACGUAUCACACCUUCCAAAGCGAUGUUGAAUAGCAAGCACGAUAAUCCAUCACCUUGCCGUAACCCUCUUCGAGAUUCGAAGGGACUCGAGAGUGUCCCCGAAACUCGAACUACGCACAUCACUCGAUCCAUCGUCGACUUGACCAACCGUGUCAGUUUAUCCGGAAAGCCGUAAUCGUGCAAAAAUCUGCCAUAGCUGGUCUCCAACGAUUGUGUCGUAUGCCGAUUUAAAAUCGAUGAACAAGUGAUGUGUGGGCACGUUAUACUCACGGCGCUUCUGUAGGACCUGCCGUACCGCGAAUAUUUGGUCCGUGGUGGCGCGGGCACCCAUAAAUCCCGCUUGAUAUUGCCCCACGAAUUCCCUUGCAAACGGUGAUAGUCGACGGCACAGAAUUUGAGAGAUUACCUUGUAGGCGGCGUUCAGCAACGUGAUUGCGCGGUAGUUGCAGCAAUCCAACUUGUCGCCUUUUUUGUAGAUGGGGCACACUGUACCCUCCAUCCACUCCUCCGGUACUACCUCCUCCUCCCAAAUCUUGGCAAUAACCCAGUGUAGCGCCUUAGCCAGUGAUUCACCACCGUGUUUUAACAGCUCGCUGGGGAGUUGGUCAGCUCCAGCGGCUUUAUUGUUUUUCAGCCGGCCGAUCUCCUCUCUAUCCUCCUGGAGGUCAGGGGCUGGGAUUCUGUCGUCAUCUGCGCGUACACCGAAAUCUACUACCACUCCGUCGUCGUCCUCUGCUACAUCGCCAUUAAGGUGCUCAUCGUAGUACUGCUUCCACCUGUCAAUCACCUCACACUUGUUCGUGAGAAGGUUGCCGCCCAGGUCCCUGCACAUGUCGGCUUGUGGCACAUAGCCUUUGCGGGAACAGUUCAGCUUCUCGUAGAACUUUCGUGUGUCAUUCGCACGGUACAGUGCCUCCAUCGCCUCGCGAUCUCGAUCUUCCUCCUGGCGCUUCUUCUUCCGUAAGACCGAGUUUUGCCUGUUCCGUGCGCGUCGGUAGCGCUCCACGUUCGCCCUCGUUUGGUGUUGCAGCAUUCUCGCUCGUGCUGCAUUCUUCUCUUCCACUAACUGUUUGCACUCGUCGUCAAACCAGGCGUUUCUCCUGUUCGGAGCCAUAGUACCAAGCGCCGCUACAGCAGUACUACCUAUGGCUGAUCGAAUGUCCCUCCAGCCAUCUUCAAGAGUAGCUGCGCCAAGCUGCUCUUCCGUUGGUAAUGCUGCUUCCAGCUGCUGCGCGUACUCCCUUGCAACCUCGGCGUCCCGUAGUUGCCCGAUGUUUGGUCGCGGUGGGCGACUUUGACGCGUGUUUCGCACCUUCGAAAGUUUUGAGCGCAUGCAUACUGCAACAAGGUAAUGGUCUGAAUCAAUAUUCGCACUGCACUGUAGGUGCGAACGUUGAUGACGUCAGAGAAGAAUUUACCAUCGAUUAGAACGUGGUCGAUUUGGUUCUCCACUUGUAAGUCAGGUUAUCUCCAGGUGGCUUUGUGGAUGUCUUUGCGGGGGAAGAAGGUACUUCUUACUAGCAUACCGCGGGAGGCUGCAAAGUGCACACAUCGUUGGCCGUUAUCAUUUGAUGCGACGUGCAGGCAAUUCGGCCCUAUCACCGGUCUGUACAUUGCCUCCCGUCCUAUCUGAGCGUUCAUAUCACCGAUGACGAUCUUAACGUCCCGUUGCGGACAGCUAUCAUACACCUGCUCCAGCUAGGCAUAAAACGCUUCUUUCUCAUCGUCGGCUCUUCCUUCGUGUGGGCAGUGCACGUUGAUGAUGCUGUAGUUGAAGAACCGGCCCUUAAUUCUCAACUUACACAUCCUCGCACUGAUCGGCUGCCACCCGAUCACACGUUGGCGCAUCCUACCCAGCACUAUAAAGCCCGUUCCAAGCUCGCUAGAGCAACAUAGCGUGUGCGAAAUCACAGAAAUGCUGUCAGUCAGCAUCAGAACUGCGAUUAAUCCAAGCAACAUGCUGACUAUGACGAGAGAGAAAAUAUCAUCGCACUUGUUUCUUUCUCUCAUGAAUAGCCAGCAACCAUCACAGUAAGCGUGGAGAUCCGACAAGUAAUUCAAUAUCUUGUCUCUUCUGUUGCCAUUUUCGGGUUCUCAUUGUCAAUCGUCGUGAAUAUACAGAUUUCACUCGGAAAUAUCACUGCAAUGCAAAUCAAGGUGAUUUUUGGAAUAUCAAAAAUCGUUUCAGUAGCGUGAUUAUGUCAGUGCAAGCUUGAAGUUUGUUGCUAUCAGGAUUUUUUAAAUUUGAUCUGCUUUGCGGUCCGUGACGAUCCCAACUCAAGAUAUGGCCACCAAUGAACCAGGUUUAUAAUUUCAAACCAGUGGUUAUAGGUGUCGCUUGAUGAGCUGGCACAACAACCCCGAGUAUUCGGAACACAACCGGAAUAGGUCCGCAUUUUUACAUUUUUUAAUGAGAGGCAUGGUAGGAUUUUAAGCACUUCUAAGCACUGCUUUGAUCAUCGUUACCAUGUUACUGAAACAUAUUCCGGCCAUAUAUCCGAAACCAGUUGAUUAACUCCGGCCAUCCUUUUCGUUAAAAGAAAAUAUGAAUGAAAACUAGGAGAAAAGCAAAACCGUUCCGAACCGAAAUUGAACAGUUUCAAAGUUAAACCGUGCCAAAAUUUAACAGGAUCUGUAUAUAAAUAUACAUACCCAUACAUAUUUAAAAGUUUUCUGUUUUGCACCCGCAAUUCAUUUUUUGCCGCGAACCAACACUGUCUUUAGUUUAACCUACAACAAGCACAAUAUUCAAGAAUCAAAUUAAUAAACUCAUGCUGUCAAAAAACAAAUAAAAAUGCAAUAUUAUUUUUCAGAUAUGAGCCAACCAUAUAUCAUACAUAUCAAUUGAAGAAAAAUCAUUGAUUUUAUGUUUGCUAUCCUCAUAACAUCAUGCUGUCAAAAUGAACUUGAUAUUUCUGCUAGUUCAAUCUCAGUACAGCUAUACCCGAAUGAUCGAGAAAGAUAGCAAGAAAAAAAUGAGAGUGAGAGUUGACGCUAAGAGAAUCAUUGUAACAUCGCAAACUCUUUUGUAAUGAACCAUGCAUCGUAGUUGGCUGAUUCUGGUGUUGCAUCAUUUUGGCGUUAUGUCAGUAGUAUGAUAUUGACUUUCCGCAGCUCUGGUCAGCAUUACCACUGUCAACUGAUUGAAGACGAAAGCAAUUAUCACUUUCAGCUCGUUCAUGUUGAUACUGAUAUUCGUAGCUCUCAGUGUCAACUGAGAAUCUAUCACUGACAGUGAAAAUUUGCAACCCUGAUCCAGACACGUUCACACGAGAAGUUGAUGAACUCAUUUAAAAAAUUAAAAACUACACAUCCAUUAUUGCGCCUUAUAGGUAGGUUGCUUUUAAUUGACUUUUGACAGCUAAUUCAUAAAUUGCGUUGAUGUUUACUAUUGAAAGUAAACUCACGUGUACUAUAUAGCACUGAGAUGUAAAAGUCAUUGACUGCUUCAAUUGGGUUGUUUAGGUAUUCACGGAUUUCUGAUUUUUAUAUAUCAUCUAAAAGAGUGUAAUUUCCUGAGCAAAACGUGAUAUUUUAGAAUUUGAUAUCAUUGUCUUUCGAUUUUCAAAUGAACCAUAAAUAUAGCUCUAAAUCGCUACAAUGACAGUUGGUACAUGGACGAACUGUCAUUAUAGCGAUUUCGAGCAGAUUUCAAGCAGUUUUAUUUCGUGAUUAAAAAAUUGAAGGACAGUGACAGAAAUUUUUUGAAAUCACGUUUUGUUUAGAAAAUGCAGCUCUUUCAGAUGAUAUAAAAAACUGAUAUAGCUAAAUAAGGCGUCGUACACAAAUUACGUAACGCAUGAAGGGAAGGGAAGGGAA